UGUCUUCAGCCCAGAGGCAUCCACCUGUCCUCAUUUUGGAUGCACUGAUUGGUUCUCACAGAGCAGGUAUACUUGCUCCAUGCCACAAAACAUUUCAGAUUUCUUUCCUUAUUGCCAAGUGUAUGUACCUUAACUUACCUGUAACUUAUUAGCACCUUACACAUCAAUCAGAGAUGCUUCUUCCAGGGACACUGUGCGUCUUUGUAACACUGUUUUCACUGACACAGGUAAAAGAAGCUUCUGCAGGCUGUGACUCAACAUCAAUAUCAUCAAUAUCAUCACCUAGUGCAUCGACUCUCCUUGUAAAAUGGAGCAGUUAUCCAGGAGCGACAAGCUAUGUUCUGGAAGCCAAGGCUGUGAAUUCAACCAGCUUACCAACUGUUUCUACUGGAUCUCUCUCUUCAUCCACUUUGGAUAAAGUGGUCCAAGGCUUAAAACCUGGACAAAUUUAUACAGUGACUUUAAAAGUGUUUGUGGUGAAUUAUGUGACGUGCAUCAUCUCUCAGACGGCACAGACAAUUCCUGCCACCUCGCAAAUAACAUACGCGAAAGCAAUAUCGAGCACCUCGAUCAGGUUUGAGUGGUCCGGUGCGCAAGGAGCCGAUAGAUACUUUUUGAUAGUGAAUGGAACUUUCCACAGUGAGACACAUAACCUCACAUUCACCACGCUAAAUGGACAAGUAGACAACCUCCAGCGAUCCACCGCAUACAACUGUUACGUUUACUCCUCUAAUGCUGCAGGACUCGGCGCCAAGAGUCUUACUAAAACCAUCAGAACGUUGGUGCAGCCACCAGAUGGAGUAAACGUGACGGAGUUAACCCAGAGUACGGCUCGCGUAUCAUGGUUAAGCGUCCCAGGGGUCCUGCUCUACCAGGUUUCAGUCAUAGCCAAUAAUAAGCCGGGACUUGGCCCUGUUCUUAAGAACGUCACCGGUACCGCUGUGAAUAUCUCAAACCUGGAGCCGUGUUUAACAUACACAAUAGGGAUUGCAUCCAUCAACAUGUUCCUGGAACCAGGAGAGUCUGCCAACGUCACCUACACAACUUCCAACAUUCCAGCAGUUUCCUCCAUCUCUGUGGAGUAUAGCUGUGCUACUGCUAGGGCAUCGGUUAGUUGGGUUGCAGUGUUUGGAGCCACGUCGUACCGUGCGGUCAUAACAGAUGGCCAAAGCCGGUCGCUUAACUGCACAACCAAUGGCACAGCCUGCCAGAUCCCGGAGCUGCAUUGUGGAGAAAUAUACUCUGUUCGGAUUACAGCCAUUGCUAACUGUGAAAGCACCUCAGAUGGCAACUACUUCUUUGAGACAGCACCCUGCCCACCCAAAGCACCAACUCUGUACCGUGAGUGUUCCAGCAAUGUCAUCUUGUUCUCAUGGAAUGCCACCAACAACACGCUUUAUUACCACGCCAUUGCUGUGGACUCGGACAGCCAGGUAAUUGAUUGCAUCACUGUGGACACCUCCUGCUACUUCACCGACAGCGUCUGCGGUAAGGGCUACAGCUUCUACGUCAAAUCCAUCUACUCCGGAGGACUAGACUGUGACAGUGGAUAUACACAAGGAGAGGUGAUCAGAACGGGCCCAUGUUUGCCACAGAAUGUCCGUACAACUACAAACUGUAAUAGUACCAGCACUGCUGUAACUUCUUGGGACAUGGCUGAAGGAGCCUACACCUACACUGUGGAAGCUCGUGGUAAUAGUAAAGAUUUCUACAACUGUUCGUCUCUAAACUCAAGCUGCACACUAUCAAAUCUGGAGUGCGGAGAGAGCCUUAGCAUGUGGAUUGUUGCCACUGAUGGUGACUGUACUACUGAUCCUGUGAUGGGAGAGACGGCAGAGACAGUUCCCUGCAUACCUCAGAAUGUGUCCGCUGUGGAGAACUGCAGUUCAGACUCUGCCUCCCUCACAUGGCUUCCUAGCAACGGUGCCGUUUUCUACAUGGGAAUAGCCACACAUGAGGAUGGCACAGUUCACACCUGCACUGCCAUGGCGGCACAGUGCACAUUUGAAAACCUGAGUUGCGGCCAGACGUAUGAUGCCUUUGUCAUAGCAACAAACCUGCAAUGCAACAGUUCUGAGAGUCAACAUGUCACCCUACAGACAGCCCCAUGUGCUCCAGUCAGCGUGAUGGUAGAGACUACAGACUGUGCAGCGAAUCGUGCGACAGUAAGCUGGCAGACCCUUCAGUCUGGGGGUCUGUACACAGCAGUACUGCAGGGUGAACAUGGAGCCACGGUUAACUGCAGCACCAGCUUUAACAACUGCACAACAGCAAACCUGCUCUGCGGAGUGAACUAUAACGUCACAGUCACAGUGAAUGAUGGUCACUGCAGGAGUCUGCCAUCCACACCCAUUCAGAUACAGUCAGCUCCAUGUGACCCUCAAAACGUCACAACCGUGCUCCAGUGUGACACCAAUGCGGGUAACGUGACAUGGGCUGCCAGCGCAGGAGCAAAUCAUGGGUACACGGCAAUGGCAACAGACGGGCAGCAGCAACGCUUAGCUUCUUGUCACACUAUGGGGACUUCCUGUCAGCUGACCAAUCUGCCAUGUGGGAUGAGACUAAAUGUGACUGUCCAAGCUGAUGGAGCCUCCUGCAACAGCAGCUCUCAACCUAAAGCUGCAGUAGUAACAGCACCCUGCAUUCCCACCCAUGUCACUGCUGCUCUAAACUGUACCUCCAACAUUGCUUCCAUCACCUGGUACAGUGCACUUGGUGCCACUUGGUACUUGGUAAAGGCAGAAGGAAGCCAAGGGUAUAAGACGUCCUGCAACAACACUGUCCCUCACUGUGAUAUCCCAAACCUGCAGUGUGGCCAGGAAUAUUCCAUCACAGUCAUGGCCGUAAACGGUGACUGCAUGGGCCCGGCUAGCCAGCCUAUCACUCUCAUCUCAGCACCAUGUCCUAAUACUGGCGUUCAAGCCAAACUGGAUUGCAGCACCAACUCAGCACUCAUAUCUUGGACACCAGGCAAUGGUACACUAAGUUUCAAUGCAACACUGCAGUCUUUCCAGGACACCCAAAAGCACAGCUGUUUCACCACCGGCUCCUCAUGCAACAUCACAUCACUGCCGUGUGGUCAGCACUACAAUGUCAGUGUUACAGGAUACGGCCAGAACUGUUCAACCUGUUCUAAACCCUUGGUCACUCUUGACACAGCUCCAUGUGUUCCUACUCAAGUCAAUGUGUCAUUAUCCUGUGGGUCUGACACUGCGUCUGUUUCCUGGGCAGCAUCUAGUGGACUUGUUUCGUACUAUAUAGUAACAGCAGAAGGUGAUAAUGGAAUUACGCUAACCUGCAACUCCAGCAGCACUUCCUGUAACAUCAGCAGCCUGGCAUGUGGUCAGGCAUACAACGUGUCAGUCACAGCUAUGAGCGCUGACUGCACGGGGCAACGUAGCGAAGUCCGUCGUGUCAAUACUGCACCCUGUGCUCCUCAGUCUGUGGUCAGUCAGCUCGUAGACUGCCAAACAGGAGAUGUUCAAGUUAGCUGGCAGUCGAGCAAAGGGGCGCAGAUCUACUAUGCUCAAGCAAAAUCUACUAGCAAGAUUCUGGUGUGCAACUCCACCUCCACCUCCACAUCCUGCCUGCUCCCUGCAACUGGCUGUGGGCAGACAUACAAUAUCACUGUGGCUGCUGAGGGCAACGGCUGUAGCACCAACAGUGUGACCAGUCAGGUUAUGACAGCACCAUGUCCACCCAGUUCUGUCGCCGCUGUUUUGGACUGCUCUGCAAACACAGUCUUGGUGUCCUGGAGCUCCUUGAGCUUUCCUGGGGUUGGGUACACAGCAAGAGCGAUUGGCCGACUGGGGCCCUAUAGUGUUGUGGAGUGUAACACAACAAACUUGAACUGCACUAUCACUCACCUGCAAUGUAGCAGCCAAUACAACGUCAGUGUCACCGCUUCUCAAAACAACUGUACUAGCAAACCCAGCAUAGAGUUCUCCUUCAAUACAGCUCCAUGUGUGCCGGUUCUGAAUGAUGUGGCCCUGAACUGUAGCUCAAAGUCCGCUGUGGUGAACUGGUCUAGUUCAGGGUCGAGUCUAGAUGUGUUUUCGUUUAGCACAGUGAGCGCUCAGGGUGAACAGCUGGGCUGUGGUAGCUUUAAUAAUCACUCUUGUGUGGUGGAUGGACUGCAGUGUGGACAGACGUACACGUUCAGUAUGAAUGCAACGCAAGGCCAAUGCACCAGUGCUAGCAACACGCUACAGAGGGAAACAGCCCCAUGCCCUCCACUGAAUAUCCAGUCCAGAAUGAACUGUGGCAACAACACAGCGAGUGUGUCCUGGUCCCGUGGCAAUGGAGCACUGUCCUAUUUGACAACACUGGAAUGCUCUAAUGGACAGACAUAUAUGUGCAGGACCAAUGAAACAGGAUGUGACAUCACUAACAUGACAUGUGGACAGACUUGCUCGGUUAAGGUCGUGGCAGAGGGACAUUCAUGCAACAGCUCUGUAGGCACUGGAUCACCUGUCAUUACAGCACCAUGUCCUAAUACUGGCAUUCAAGCCAAACUGGAUUGCAGCACCAACUCAGCACUCAUAUCUUGGACACCAGGCAAUGGUGCACUAAGUUUCAAUGCAACACUGCAGUCUUUCCAGGACACCCAAAAGCACAGCUGUUUCACCACCGGCUCCUCAUGCAACAUCACAUCACUGCCGUGUGGUCAGCACUACAACGUCAGUGUUACAGGAUACGGCCAGAACUGUUCAACCUGUUCUAAACCCCUGGUCACUCUUGACACAGCUCCAUGUGUUCCUACUCAAGUCAGUGUGUCAUUAUCCUGUGGGUCUGACACUGCAUCUGUUUCCUGGGCAGCAUCUAGUGGACUUGUUUCAUACUAUAUAGUAACAGCAGAAGGUGAUAAUGGAAUUACGCUAACCUGCAACUCCAGCAGCACUUCCUGUAACAUCAGCAGCCUGGCAUGUGGUCAGGCAUACAACGUGUCAGUCACAGCUAUGAGCGUCAACUGCACGGGGCAACAUAGCGAAGUGCGUCGUGUCAAUACUGCUCCAUGUGUGCCGGUUCUGAAUGAUGUGGCCCUGAACUGUAGCUCAAAGUCCGCUGUGGUGAACUGGUCUAGUUCAGGGUCGAGUCUAGAUGUGUUUUCAUUUAGCACAGUGAGCGCUCAGGGUGAACAGCUGGGCUGUGGUAUCUUCAAUAAUCACUCUUGUGUGGUGGAUGGACUGCAGUGUGGACAGACGUACACGUUCAGUAUGAAUGCAACGCAAGGCCAAUGCACCAGUGCUAGCAACACGCUACAGAGGGAAACAGCCCCAUGCCCUCCACUGAAUAUCCAGUCCAGAAUGAACUGUGGCAACAACACAGCGAGUGUGUCCUGGUCCCGUGGCAAUGGAGCACUGUCCUAUUUGACAACACUGGAAUGCUCUAAUGGACAGACAUAUAUGUGCAGGACCAAUGAAACAGGAUGUGACAUCACUAACAUGACAUGUGGACAAACUUGCUUGGUUAAGGUCGUGGCAGAGGGACAUUCAUGCAACAGCUCUGUGGGCACUGGAUCACCUAUCAUUACAGCACCAUGUCCUAAUACUGGCAUUCAAGCCAAACUGGAUUGCAGCACCAACUCAGCACUCAUAUCUUGGACACCAGGCAAUGGUGCACUAAGUUUCAAUGCAACACUGCAGUCUUUCCAGGACACCCAAAAGCACAGCUGUUUCACCACCGGCUCCUCAUGUAACAUCACAUCACUGCCGUGUGGUCAGCACUACAACGUCAGUGUUACAGGAUACGGCCAGAACUGUUCAACCUGUUCUAAACCCCUGGUCACUCUUGACACAGCUCCAUGUGUUCCUACUCAAGUCAGUGUGUCAUUAUCCUGUGGGUCUGACACUGCAUCUGUUUCCUGGGCAGCAUCUAGUGGCCUUGUUUCAUACUAUAUAGUAACAGCAGAAGGUGAUAAUGGAAUUACGCUAACCUGCAACUCCAGCAGCACUUCCUGUAACAUCAGCAGCCUGGCAUGUGGUCAGGCAUACAACGUGUCAGUCACAGCUAUGAGCGCUGACUGCACGGGGCAACGUAGCGAAGUGCGUCAUGUCAAUACUGCUCCUUGUGUGCCACAAAACAUAUCGGCCAAGGUCAGCUGUAGUAGCAACAUUGCAACAGUAACCUGGGGGAGCAGCCAAGGGGCGGAGAUUUACUCAGUGACAGCCAGUAGUGUUAAUGGCCUCUCAGCUAACUGCACCUCAGCCUCCACCUCCUGUGACCUUUUAACUUUGACAUGCGGAGUGUCUUACACGAUCACAGUGAAGGCGAAAGGCAGCAACUGUAGCAGUGGGAACAGUGCACCUGUUCAGGUCCAAGCAGUGCCUUGUACCCCAUGGAAUGUUCUGGCCACCGUGAAUUGUUCGACAAAUGCUUUAGUCGUAUCAUGGACAUCUAGUGCAGGAGGACAGCAGUACACAGCCACUGCGCAGGACAGCAAUGGCUUCUCCACCACCUGCCAGUCUACAGGCUCAGAGUGUACCGUGACUGGGCUCAAGUGUGGUCAGCUGUACCACGUCAAUGUGACGGCAUCAGAUAAUCUGUGCAGCAGCCCUCCAAGUGCUACAGUGAACACUAACUCAGCUCCCUGCGCAGCCAGCUCCAUCGGGGCAGUGUUGGAUUGUCAGUUGGGUACAUCCAUUGUGUCAUGGCUGUACGGUGCAGGUGCUCAGGGAUAUGCUGUCUCUGCCUUGGCACCGCUGGGCAACAGGGCUAGCUGUACAUCCAACAGCUCCAUCACGCACUGUGAGCUGAACAACCUGCAGUGUGGCAAUGAGUAUAUGGUGAACGUACAGACUUUGGGAUCCACGUGCAAUUCCAGUGCACAGAUGAAUGGCUCCCUGAUCACAGGUCCGUGUGCUCCUCAGCAUCUGACAGCGCAGUACAGUCCUUCCACCGCUCUGCUCUCCUGGGAUCUCACAAAAGGUGCCGCCAACUUCACAGCAGUGGCUGAGACCGCCGAGGGCCUGACGGUGACCUGCAAGACCUCUAACACGAGCUGCACCUUGCCAGUCCUGGACUGUGGUCAGAUCUACAACAUCAGCGUGACGGCUCACAACAGUGUCUGCACUUUCACUGCGACCUAUGAUCCAAUCAAGACAGAACCAUGUCCUCCUCAGAACGUCAAAGCUAGCAUAAACUGUGCCACCCUCAAUGCUACUGUUUCCUGGGAGCCUAGCCAGUUUGCAGUGGGAUACAUUGCGUUCCUGGAAGGUCAAAAUGGUCAUUCCAGUUCCUGUCGAACAGAUCGUACAUACUGCAGUGUACCUGAUCUCACCUGUGGAACAGUGUACUAUGUCAGAGUCCGUGCCAUCGGAGAGGUGUUCAACAGCUCUGACAGCAUAGGGGUCAACAUGACAUCAGCACCUUGUCUGUCCACUAGUGUGUCUGCCAUCGUGGACUGUGCUACAGAUUCAGCUUUAGUGUCCUGGAGCGUCAUGGUUGGAGCGGAGAAUUACACGGUGACGGCUUUGGGAUCAGGAGGUCAAAGGUUCUCCUGCUCAUCCCAACAGAACCACUGUAACAUCUCGUCCCUGCAGUGUGGACAACUCUAUAACCUCACCUUCACCUCUACGAACCAGCAGUGCCAAAUCACCUCCGCCCCCAAUGUCACGUUCCAGUCCAGACCUUGUGUGCCAUUGAAGGCAGCAGUUGAUCAUGUGUGCGGCAACAACACAGCUGUGAUGUCUUGGGAGGCGAGAGAAGGAGUGGAUUACUACACCGCCCGAGCCCUCAGUGCAGGAGGAGUACACCAGGAGCUUUGCAACUCCACCUCCUCCACUUGUUCCUUCUCUAAUCUGGGCUGUGGAGAGACAUACACUUUUACUGUCACCGCUUACAGCGGCCGCUGCCAAAGCAGCGCCAGUGCACCUGUAUACCUCACUACAGACCCUUGCAGACCAGAAAAUGUGACUGCUCACAUGUCAUGCAACAGUGAGAUGGUGGCGCUCACCUGGUCAAAUGCAAAAGGGGUGUCAUUCUACACUGUGACGGCAAAAGGGAGUCUGGGAUAUACCGUAGACUUUAACACCAGUUCUACUAGCCUGUCGGUGUCACUGCUCUGUGGACAAAGUUACAAUGUGACUGUCCAAGGGCAAAAUGAUUACUGCGACAGCCCAGUGAGCGCCCCUGCAGUUUUCAGUCUCGCACCCUGCACGCCCCAUAAUCUCAUGACAUACACGGCGUGUAACAACCAGGUGGGUUCUGUCAGCUGGGGCCCAAGCGAUGGGGCAAACAUGUACACAGCCACAGCAAUAGGUAAUGAUGGACACACACAUCUGUGCGUCACUAAUGGGACCAACUGCACCUGGGAGGACCUGCACUGUGGUGAAAUCUAUAACGUCACGGUUACUGCCAAUGACAGCCGCUGCACGAGUACACGUAACAACAGCACCUUCAUUCGCAUGGCCCCAUGUGUUCCUCAAGCUUUGACAUCCAUCCUGGACUGUGGCACAGGGCUGGCCACUCUGAGCUGGGCUUCCAGUUUUGGAGCUGAGACAUAUGCAUUGGAAGCAGUAAGUGGAAAUGGGAACAUUCUGGCAUUCAGUACCAACAUUACCAGUGGCUUCCUAUCAGAGCUGCUAUGUGGUCAACAGUACCAGAUCACUGUCAAAGCCAUUAAUGGGCAAUGCAGAAGUGCACCGAGUUCACCUGCAAACCUGUCAACAGCUCCAUGUGCUCCUCAGAACGUGGUAUCUGAGCUGGACUGUUUGUCUAACUUUCUAACUGUAAGAUGGAACAUCAGCCGCGGGGCGGCGUUUUACCUGGUGGCUGCCACGGGCCCUGAAGGUCCAGUGAAUACCUGUAACACGACUGCACAGCAAUGCAAACUGCAAACGCUACGUUGUAGCUCCUCGUACAAUGUCAGCGUCAUUGCAGUAAACCAGCAAUGCAAAACAUUAGGAGGUUCCAUCUUAGAAAUAAACACUGUGCCAUGUGUACCUGGUCAUGUGCAGGGCAGAGUAAACUGUACGACUGGAGAUGUAUCUGUAUCCUGGAAUCAAAGCGUGGGUGCUGUUUCCUACACUGCGGUUGCUUGGAGUAGCGGUGGCUAUACUUCAGUGUGUAACAGCACUGGAACAGGGUGUGUCUUCUCAGACCUGCUCUGUGGGAUGAACUAUAGUCUGGCUGUCAGCGCACAUGACGAGACCUGCAGCACUGCACCGAGCCAACCAGUUGUGCUAAAUACAGUGUCCUGUAAGCCACAGAAUGCUAGCGCUCUGCUCAACUGCGACACCAACUCUGCUGUUGUAACAUGGGAGCUCGCCAAUACCGUCACGCAUCACAUAGUCCAGGCUGCUGGUUCUGACGGACAUCGUAUCAACUGCACGAGCUCCGACCACAGUUGCACAUUACUCGGCAUGCACUGUGGCCAGAGAUAUAACCUUACCAUCACUGCCAUGGAUGGAGUAUGUGACAACAGCAACACAUACCUCACUCUGCAGUCAGCUCCAUGUGCACCUAGCAAUGUUCAGACAUCUUUGCUUUGCGACAUCCACAAUGGUAGUGUUGUGUCUGUGUCGUGGGUACAAGCCAAUGGGGUGGAGGCUUACAGCGCUGUGGCCGUGUCUAAUGAUGGCCAUUCCUACUCUUGUAACACCACCACUGCGUCCUGUAAUCUGCAGGAACUGCAGUGUGGUCAGAUUUAUAAUGUUUCUGUCUACUCACUGGCCAAUGGCUGCGGGGGUGUGAAAAGUACUAUGUCUCAAGUGCAAACAGCUCCAUGUCCACCUCAGAACGUAUCUGCCAACGUGCAGUGUGAGUCAGGGUCUGUGCAGGUGAGCUGGAGUCCAGCAGUAGAUGCCAGCCAGUUCAGAGUGGUAAUGCAGUCCCAGAUCACUGGUGUGAUCUUCUCCUGUAACAGCACAAACACAGAGUGCUCCAUUGCAAAUCUGCCCUGUGGAGAGAGCUUCAACAUCAGUGUGGUGGCACUGAGGGGCAGCUGUCAGAGUCAACCAAGCAGUGGUCUCAACAUUGUCUCAGCUCCAUGUACCCCACAGGGGGUCAAUGGUACUGUGGACUGUGUCACUAACUCCGCGUGGGUCACAUGGGAUGUGGAUAAGGGUGCAGAGUCUUACACGGUGCUGGCUGUUGGGGACGACGGUCAAAAUGUCACAUGUUCCAGCCCAAACUCCACCUGUUAUGUGCCUGACCUGGGUUGUGGAAAGAGCUACAUCUUCCAAGUCACUGCUUCAAAUGCUGCCUGCCUGAGCCCACCCAGCAACAGCUUCCAGCUAGAGACAGCACCUUGUACCUUGUCAUCCAUCGUGGUGGUUGCUGAAUGCCAAAGUUCUGUUAUCAUGGUUCAGUGGCAGAGGGCAAAAAGUGGGAAAUCCCUCUACAUUGCCACAGCAGAGGAUCAAGACCAUGUCUUCAUUUCCUGCAAUAGCUCUGCCUCUUCCUGCAACCUUACCAAUGUGCAGUGCGGCAAAGAGUACACUAUCAGUGUGGCUGCUUCAGCCAACAAAUGCAGCAGCCUUCGCAGUCCAACCUACAAGAUCAGAACUGCACCCUGUCAACCCUCACAAGUACAGGCCUUUACAUCAAAACUAGAAGUUGCUGUGUUUGUGUCAUGGGACCCAUCAUAUGUGGCGCAGUCAUACCUGCUUUCUGCAGUCAGCAGAGAUGGAGACUUAAAGACAUGCAAUACCUCGUACAACAACUGCACACUAACUGAUCUGCACUGCAGCAACACCUACAAUGUGUCCGUUUUAGCAAGUAAUGAGAACUGUACCAGUCUGCCUAGUACUAAUGUCACUUUCAAAACAGCGCCAUGUAAGCCAGCCAAUGUAACUGCAAACAUUCAAUGCGGGAACAGUAGUGCUUCCUUGUCAUGGCUGGGGAGUACAGGGGCAGUGGCCUACGUGGGAAUUGCUCAGUCAGAAAACGGCACAACGGUCUAUUGCCAGAACACAGAGCCUUCCUGUACUCUGGUGGGCUUAGUGUGUGGGACUGUGUACAAUUUCACAGUGCAGGCAACGGAUGGCACCUGCAACAGUUCCUUGAGCGAACCUCUAAUUGAGGGAGCAGCUCCCUGUCCUCCAGCUGGGUUGAGGGUUGUCCCUCGUACGGUAGUGAAUGACACUCAGAUCUUGAGGGCAUCCUGGUCUACUGUGAGUUGUCCCAAUUCUGAAUAUCUACUGGGACUCAAGGGCAACAUUCAGGGCAACAGCCAGGCACUCUUUGACCUCGCCUCCUAUUGGACAAGUCGCACGUUCUUCGAGAUACCCCUCCCUUGUGGCUCAUCCUACAGCGCAACCAUCAGGGCGAGGAACUCUGCCGCCUCAAGUGUCGAGUCUGCUGCUGUCACUGGAAUCACAGUACCUUGUGCCCCUCUAAACGUGACAUUCUCUGCAUCAUCGGCGGAAGUGGCAUGGAAUGAGUCUGUAUUUGCUACGAACUACACCGUGUAUGGGGUCACUUCCUCUAGUAGAACAACACUCUGCAAGACCUCACAGCUUCUCUGCUCCAUCACCAAUUUCAGCAGCGGUCACAUUGUCGUAACAGCCCACAAUGCUGCCGGAGAGAGUGAAGACUCAGUGUCUGUUUUAGUGACAACCGUUGGCAGGAGGUGAGACCUGGCUCGAAAUCAGAAAGGCCUGCCCAACCCUGAGUGAAUGCAUCUCGUCGCACUCAAACUCUUGCCUUUGGGAAUUCCUGUACUUACCUAAGAAUUCUUGAAACUCUGUGAUACUUCACUUUUGCAUGUUACAUAUAUUCCGGUUCAAGGUUCAUUUUUUUCCACAAUAUUUAUGGGUGGAAUAGAUUGACUGGGGAAGAGAUAAACAUUAUUUCUUUUAAAAUGUUUUCCAAAAUCUGUUUUUUUUUGUUUUCUGGCUUAAGGAUUUACUUUUAUGCAAUGUCAAAUAUUUAAAAAAAAAAGUCUAUAAAUAUAUCCCUAUGUUUUGUAAAUGAGUAGUUAUUAAAUACAAAGAGCAUUUCUCCAUGUGAUCAGUCUUAUAAAUUAUGACAUGUAAAAUAAAUUAACCAUACACAAAACACCUGCUGUUCCAAUAAAAUAUGUUCUUACAAUGAACUGACAA